CGAGAGGGCUCGUCGUGCAGGGCUGAGCCGCAGAGGGAGCUGGCGGAGUGGGGACGAUGGCCGUGCCCGCCGGAGCCGGGGCGGUGGUUGCAGCCUCCGACAGCAGACGUUGGCUGUGGUCGGUGCUGGCGACAGCGCUCGGGCUCUGAAGUGGUCAUCAGCCAAGAAGGAGAAGCUGGAGGAGGUGGAGAUUUGAGGUGGAGAGGAGAUGUAAAACAGUCCUCCAGGAACGUGAGAGGAGACUGGUCAGAGACAUGAGGCUGGCUGCUGGGAAGCACCAAGCAUCUCCUGGAGUGUAGCUCAGUGGUAAAUGACAGCGGGGGUGUCAGCCUUGGAGGUGUACACACCGAAAGAGAUCUUCGUGACCAACGGGACUCAGGGGAAGCUAACGUGCACAUUCAGGUCCAGCAACACGACGGGCAAGCUGACUUCCGUCUCCUGGAGCUUCCAGCCUGAGGGAUCGGUCACCACCGUGUCGUUUUUCCACUACUCCCAAGGGCAAGUGUACCUUGGGAAUUAUCCACCAUUUAAGGACAGAAUCAGCUGGGCUGGGGACCUUGACAAGAAAGAUGCAUCAAUCAACAUAGAAAAUAUGCAGUCUAUACACAACGGCACCUACAUCUGUGAUGUCAAAAACCCUCCUGACAUUGUUGUCCAGCCUGGACACAUUAGGCUCUAUGUGUUGGAAAAAGAGAAUCUGCCCGUGGUCCCGGUUUCCGUGGUGGUGGGUAUAGUGUCUGCUGUGGUCCUAGGUGUCACUCUGUUCAUUAGCAUGAUCCUGGCUGUGCUCUAUCGACGGAAGAACGCUAAACGGGAUUAUACUGGCUGCAGUACAUCAGAGAGUUUGUCACCGGUUAAGCAGGCUCCACAGAAGUCCCCCUCCGACACAGAGGGUCUAGUAAAGAGUCUGCCUUCCGGAUCGCACCAGGGCCCAGUCAUAUAUGCGCAACUAGACCACUCUGGCGGUCAUCACAGUGACAAGAUCAACAAGUCAGAGUCUGUGGUGUACGCAGACAUCCGGAAGAAUUAGAGAAGACCCAGAACAUAUCCUAAGCAAGAAGCAAACCCAAACUGGACUCUUGUGCAGAAAAUGUAGCCCAUAACCAAGUGUGGCCUUGGGGACCCAGGAAGGACACACACAUGUGUACUCAGAGAGGGACAAAGACAUGUAUAAAGGAUAUGUAUAAAUGUUCUAUUUAAUCUUCCUGAUGUGAGGAGCCGGUGUUGCAUGAUGAAAUGUUGUUGUGAUUCCGUGUAUGUAUAAAGUGUCUUGCUGUUUUUGUAUGUUCUUUCAGGGUCAUUUACAAUUGGGAAAUUUCAGAAACAUUCCUAUCACCGUCAUUUAGCUAUCGUUUGCCUUAAAGGAGACAGUAGCACACCUUUUAGUAUUUCCAGCAGACAUGGCCUUUUCAUCAAGGGCUCAACCAGUCUUAGCAUUUAUUGUAGUUAGAGGAUUGAGAUGCCGUGAUGCAACUCUAGCCAGGGUGGCCUUUAACACAGGGACAGACACAUUUGGUUGUAGCUCUUAGCGUCCAUUAACUGUGCCACUUGAAGACAGUCUGAGAAGUUUCUGUUGAUGAUUUUCUAAACUACAGGGCAUUUUUUUUUUAAAAAAAGCUUUUAUAUGUCGUGUAGAGUCACUUUAAUAUCAUACCAUUUAAGUACAGUGUAUCAAGUUGUGGGUUCAUUAUAGCAAAGGUCAUUUCCCCCUAGGUAAGUUAGCUCCAUGUCAUAGAGGCGAUUAAAGUAAAAAGCCCAGCCUUUGCUUGAGCACAGCAGCACUUGGAGGGGAAAGGUAGCUGUUACCCUCCUCAAUGAAGGGCUUCCGGCUUGAAAUUGCCCCAUGUGGAAGAAGCAGAAGGCAGGCGAGAGGGGUGACCAGGUCACCCCAGAGCUUCAGUCCAACGCCAGGGAAGAGGCUGUUUCUGGCCACCAGGCGCAGCUUUUAUCACAGCUUCCGAUACCUCAGAUCUGUGAGGUUGAAGGACAUCAAGAUUUAAACAAAUCAAGUAGGGCUAGAACUGCUGCUUUGAGACUCUCUUCUCUGUUUUGGGUUGGUUUGGGUUUUUUCUACUUUCCCCCAUGACUUGGAAUUGAUAAACAGUAAGAUGAGGAAAAGAAGAGAUCAUGAAUUUUCUUUCCAAACCUCUUUCUCCCAAUGACUAUCCUCGACCCCGCCUUGAAUCUGGGAAUGAUAAGCUUGGUGAAGAUCAUUAAAGUUAUUUAUAUUGUCAUUCUCCCA